AUGAAACGCGUUUCAGACGUUUCGGACACCAAAAUGACCAAGAAGCGCAGAAAUAACGGACGAAACAAGAAAGGCCGAGGACACGUCCGAUUCGUCCGAUGUGAAAACUCUGCCGCUCGUGUCCCUAAGGACAAGGCCAUCAAGAAGUACGUCGUCCGAAACAUGGUCGAUGCCGCUUCCAUGAGAGAUUUGGCUGAAGCUUCGGUCUACGAGCAGUACGCUCUCCCCAAGCUGUACUUGAAGCAGUACUACUGCGUUUCUGCCGCCAUCCAUCACCGACACGUGCGAAACCGAUCGCGAGAGGCCCGAAAGAUCCGAACCCCUCCACCACGAUACGGUCGCCCACAGCAGCAGCAAAAGCCCGGCCAGAACGCUGCUAAAUAA